GCUGCCUUCUCACUGGCGAAGAUCCUAGAGGCGACAUCGGCCGUGUCGGCCCAGGUGGAGGAGCUAGCCACCAAGUGCUCGGAGAACGCCCGGUUCCUCAGAACAUGGCGGGACCUGCUGAGGGAGGGGUACGAGUCCUUGAAGCCCAGCGGCUGA